AACAUUCGAAGGAGGUCAAUUUGGGAAUGCCUGCCAGAAGAGAUCCAUUUUUAUUGCCUUCUUAAAGGCCUUCAAAGGUGUUAUAUGACGGAUCUCUUCGAGCAGGUCAUUCCAGACUUUUGGAGCAGCAACAGAAAAUGUCCUCUGGGAAGUCGAUACCAGUCUGGUUUUCUUGGACUGCAAGAGAUUCUUCCCAGAGGACCUGAGAGUGCGGGAAGGAUUGUAUGGGAGGAGCCAUUUUUGUAAAAAGUUACAAUUUACCGUUCACAUUAUUUUUGCUUAGGAUAUGGCUUCAGUAUUUUUUGAAGUAUAGCUACUUGCUCUAAAGUAUUUGAGAUCAUCUUCUUAGUGGAGGACACAUAGUUUUAAUUUGCAAAUCUCUUUGCUAGAAUGUUUUAUUAAGUGGAUGCAAAUCUCUUUAUCAGACUGUUUUAUUAAUUGUAAGCAUAUUUGUUUGUAUGUGUGUUUGUGUAUGCUCUGCUGGAAUAUAAAACUAUAUCUUGGUCCUUUUCAGGCCUUUGAAGAGAUCCAGGGGCUAACAGAUCAGGCAGAUAAACUCAAAGGUCAGAAGAACUUGUUGAUGCGCAAGCAAGACACCUUGAUUCGUAAAAUUUCUGCACUUUCAGGAAAGACCCAGGAAGUAGUCUUGAAGAAGCUGGAAUACAUUUAUGCCAAACAGAAAGCAGUAGAAGAACAAAAAAAGAAGCAACAUCAGCAAGCAGAACCUAAGACGAUCUGUGAAAAUAUUGAAACUGCUAGACCAUCUGUGGAAAAAAGUUCCUCUUCUCCUGUUAAAGAGAUGAAACCAGUGAUUGAACCUAAUAAGCGUACAAAACCAUUAAUUCUUUCUAGGAAAGGAAACCAUGUCACAGGAGACACAUCUUCUCAUAUGACAUUAACAAAUACUAGCCUAGUAAUGACUUCUAACGGCCAGGUCCUUGCAUUCAAGACUCCCCUAGUGCCAGGACAAUUUGCUUCCCUGUCUUCAACACUUCUGCAAAGUGAACUCAAAUCAGAAAUUGACAGCACUAAUGGGACAACACAGCCAGGUAUGGCUUCUGUGAUGAUCCAGUUACCAAGCUCAGCAGUACCGGUAGAAGUCAAAAACAUUCUACCUACCUCUACACUUCCAAUUACUCUGUCCUCUGUGGCUAGUAACACUGCCACUCCAGUAGUACAAAAAGCUCCAGAGCUCACUUCAGGUACGUUUUGCAUAGUACACAGGAAAUUUUAGAUUGGGUUGGAUUGGGUUUUGCUAUAUUUCAGGCUCAAAUAAAUAUUGUGUCCCCAUUGGGAAAAUAGGUGCAGUUUGUAAUGUCACUAGAUCUUUGUUAUUUAGUUUUGGGCUCUGCAUUUCAAAGAAAUGUUUUGACAGAAUGAAAACAUUCAAAGGAGAGCCUUCAAAUAAUCAGUUUGCACUGACAGUCACAAUUAUAGACAAGGUACAGAGUUUAUGUCUGCUUCAAGAUGUCUGUGGUUCACAUAGUUAGGUCUUGUGCCUGGGGAGAGAUACACACAGAACUUCUGGAGGUGAAUAGCUUUUUGGCACUAGGACCAGCCACCAACAUUGUCAAGUGCUUCAAAGCACACCUCACUCCUCAAGCAACAAUGGCACGUUACACAUGCGCCUAAAGUACGUACUAGGGUUGCCCGGGGGGUGU